UUAACGCGGCGCAUGUGGAAGGAAAAGCUGCCGUCUCCUGCCUUUUACCAGAAAUACUUUAACUCCGAGAAAAACGGGAAUCAAUCAUUUCCAGGAUCAUUUAUUUUAAAACAAACAUUUUAACAUUAUAGUCUUUAUUUUUGCGCUUGGCACACUGCGCGUCUUUUAAAAUCUUUACUUGAGAAUUUCGUUGCUAGAUGGAACACACUCCUUAGUUCUGUCUUGGUGUACGGUAGAGGCUUACAUUGGGAGAAAUCUAGCGCUUUUGGUGUUCAUUUUACUGCCCCUUUCCUUUGAGAAAACGGUUUUAUCGGCAUGGAGAGGCGUAAGACGCAAGAGUAUCCCCAUCCGUUUGUCCAUGAGAUUAAACUCACCACUGCACAGAGGAUCCGGGGGCAGGUGUUGGGAGCUGUUCUGUUCCCCGUGCGCGUGACGUUCGCCGCCCUCUGCUUCCUGCUCAUGUGGCCCUUCGCCCGGCUCCGCCUGCUGGGCCUGACCAAGCAGGACCGAGAGAAGCCCAUCAAGGGCUGGCGAUUCUGGCUCUUCAACGGCAUCGUGCAGUUCCUGAGCCGCGCCGUCUUCUUCUGCGUGGGCUUCCUGUGGAUCCGGGUCAAAGGUCGGCGGGCGGGGGGAGCCGAGGCGCCCGUGCUGGCCGUGGCGCCCCACAGUGGCUUCCUGGACAUGGUGGUGCUCUGCUUCACCAGCCUGGCCACCGUGGUGUCCAGAUCGGAGAACACCAGCCUGCCCGUCAUCGGGGCUCUGCUGGAGUUUAACCAGGCGGUGCUGGUGAACCGCAAAGACCCCGAGUCCAGGAAGAAGUGUGUCAGUCAGAUAACCGAGCGUGUGACCUCCAAUGGCCACUGGCCACAGAUGCUUAUGUUCCCAGAGGGAACCACCACAAAUGGCAGUGCUCUCAUCAAGUUCAAGCCUGGAGCGUUCUUGGCCGGGGUGCCUGUUCAGCCAGUACUGCUGCAUUACCCAAACAAACUGGAUACAGUGCGCUGGACCUGGAAGGGAACCUCAUGGCUUCAGUCCUUGUGGCACACCACAUCACAGUUGUAUUCCAGCUUGACCAUUGAGUUUUUGCCAGUCUACACGCCAUCACAGGCAGAGAAGGAUGAUCCUAAUCUCUAUGCUGACAAUGUGCAGAAACUCAUGGCCAAGGGUCUGGGUGUCCCUGCCACUGACUAUGUGAUGGAGGGCCGAUACCCAGUGAAGCGCGUUGGGGGUCUCUCCCUCCCUCUGGAGUCGCCUGCCACAGAGACACUGAAACUGCUGCACAACGCUGGCCUGAGCAGAGCGGAAGUGCACGCCGCGCUGGGAAGAAUGACUGAACGCUGCCUGUCGGGCCAGGAGAAGAUGGUGUCUGUGGACCAGCUCCAACAGUGGCUGGGGCUCUCCGACAGGGAGCCGGCCCAGAAAAUAAGCUCACUCUUCUCUAAGGAUGAGCGUGUGGACCUCAGACUCCUCUGCUUGAGUCUUCCUGCCGUCUCUGGACUCUGCUGUCUGGAGGAUCUCAUGACCACUGCAUUCAGACUUUAUGAUGCCGAUGGGGACGGAGUGCUGAGUGCAGGGGAACUGGCUGGCCUGAUGGGGGCGCUGGUGGGCGUCCCCCAGUACCGCACAGCACACAUUUACACCCAGCUGACCAGCAGGGGGCAGGCUAACAAAGACGGGCUCAUCAGUCUACUGACAAGCGACCCCACCUAUCAGGAGCUGUUGUCAGAUUACCUACACCCAAAAGGGGCGGACCUUGAGACAUCAGCUUACCACACAGCCAAUGGGAAGGACAGCAACCACAACGGCUCUAUGCAGAAUGGCAACGUGAUGAUGAAUGGCGAUAAGAAGACUGAUUGAGGAUGGCAUUGGCCAUGUUCGUGAUGGUGCAUGCUGCACAAAUCGUCGCAGUACUACUACACAUUCCCACUGUGCAAUCGCAAUACAUUCUGGUUAGACAUUUCUAACCAGAAUGCAUUGUAAUGUUUCAGUGCGCUGCGCAGAUUUGCACAGCGUGCACUGUCACAGACAUACCCAUUGGCUCAGUGGGCCAUGCCCACACAGACCUUUUUCAAGCAUAGAGACAUGCAAUGAAUGACUCCAAAAUCUGUGAAUGUCAAGAUGUCUCUAUUUAACGGCCUUCAGAAGAGAAGAUGAUUUGAAUGUGUGCGUGUGUGUGUGCGCGCAGCGUGUGUACUGCAUGUUGUGUGCUGUGUGUAUCUGUCUGGUUGAAAUCUCUGAUGACCAGUCUUUAUUAAUGAUUUGUGUGUGUGAGAGAGUACGCAGUUUUGAACAUUUGUGAGUCUGUCUGGGUUGAGGGGCUUUCAAUCUCAGCAGGAUUUAAACGGCAAUAGAUAUAUAAUUUAUGUUUACAUGUUCAAUGUGGUUUCCUGUUUAAUUUAUGGUGAACUCUACCUCUAUGCCAGAAUGUAUGUUUCGAUUUUAUAGGAUUGUUUUGAAGGGAAUGAGUGUGUAUUGUUUGUUGCACCUUUUUUUUCUCCAAUUUUUUAAACCUCAAAAAGCCAUGAU